AUGCAAUUCAAGAAUAUUGUCGCUGCUGCUAUCGCUUUGGGUGUCGCCUCUGCUGCUAACGCCUCCAACAUGUCCAACAAGUCCAACCACUCUAACGUCACCACCACCAAGAUCUCUACUGGUGCUGCUAACUCUAACGCUUUGAGUGCUGGUGUCUUCGGUGCUGCUGUUGCCGCUGGUGUCGCUUUCUUGUUCUAA